GUGUACUUGUGUUCUUAGACACGUUGAGAGAUAGUAUCUCUCUCGGUUGAUUCAAAGGAAGGAUUGUUUCCUUUGAAGGAUUCGUUGAGGAGAAUGAUAAAAUCGAUGAGAUGUUUGAACGAUUCUCCAAAAUCGUCAAUGAUCUCCAUGCUCUCAAGAAGACGUACACGGACAAGGAGCUUGUGAGAAAAAUCCUGUGGAGUCUCACACCGGAAUGGCGCUCCAAAGUCGAUGCCAUCCAAGAGUCCAUCAGCAUCACCAAUGUCACCAUCGACGGGCUUAGAGGUAACCUCAAAACCUAUGAGUCUACCAUUCUUUUCCCCUCUUUAGGUGAACAAAAGAAGAAGGGGAUUGCACUCAAGGCUUCCACGAGCCAAGAACCCGUCGUGGAGGAAUCAAGCGAUGAAGACAACGAGUUCGGGCUCGUUGUCAAGAAAUUCCACAAGUUCAUGUGCAAGGAGUAUGAACGAAAGAGCAAGAGGCAUGGAGGACCACCCAAGUGCUAUUGGUGUGGAGAAGUUAGGCAUAUCAAACCAAAAUGCCCAAAUGCCAAGAAUGAGAAGGAGAAGAAAUCAUUCAAAAAGCACCGAGCAUACAUUUCGUGGGGAGCUGAUUCCGGCGACGAGUCAUCGGAAGGCGAAGAAAAUGAAAGCGCCAACCUUUGCCUCAUGGCACACAAGGAACCACCGGAAGAGGAAUUGGAACUCGAUUGUAUCUCUUGUGUACUUGGCCUUGCACUUGAUUCGUUGGAGAACAUCUAUCUCAACGACAAUGACGAAGGAGACAACUCAAAGGAAAGCCAAGAUGAAGAAGUAGAGCCACUUGUAAACGAGGAACAACCACAAGAGGAGGAAACGCCAAUGCCAAGGGCAUGGAGGACUUCAAAGAACCAUCCUCUUGACAAGGUAAUCGGUGACAUCAACCGAAAGCCAAGGAAGUUCAACCACACCGCUCUCUCUCAAGAGGACACGAAGACGCUUCAUGCGAUGAUUCACAACGCCAACAUCAAUUGGCGUAAGUUUGUGAUGACUCACAUGUUCAAUGCCACCUCCGACAACCGGCCGCUUCCGUAUGCUCUUCUCGUCAUGACGAUCCUUGAUGAGUUCCACAUCAAUACGGACGUCGGGCCAAAAUGCAAAGGGACGAAGCAUUGGGAGAUUGAUGAUUCCUCCUUCCACUCGGGCUCCGACGAGACUCCGUUUCGACAGCCUCGUCCAUGCCGCCAACCAAGGGCCACCGUUUCAACCAACCCUUCUCUUGCCGAGCAAAUGGCCGCCUUGACCGCCACUCUCUCUCGGAUUGACACCAACAUCUCCCAAACGGCCAAAAAUAUCAAUAUUUUGAGCCCUGAGCUUCACUGAUAUUUUGACUUUGUCAACUACUCCUACGCUCAAAUGGUCCCUUAUGUUCCUACGCCAAACCUCGGUGGUGAACCAAGCGGGACUAACAACGUUG